AUGUCUGGCAAGAAAUUGAUCGUCGUCUUCGGUGCUACAGGAGCACAAGGUGGCUCAGUCGUUACGAAUAUUCUUUCCGACCCAAAGUUCAAGGAGACCUGGGCAGUUCGAGGCGUCACUAGAGACGUCUCUAAGCCUGCCGCAAAGGCCCUCGAGGCUCUCGGUGCCGAGACCGUUGCUGCAGACUUGAACGAUGCCAGCUCUCUCAAAGCUGCAUUGAAGGGUGCAUAUGCUGUUUUUGCCGUUACCAACUUCUGGGAAAGUUGCAGUGCUGAGGUAGAGAAGAAACAAGGAUUUGCCAUUGCAGAUGCCGCAAAGGAUGCUGGUGUUCAGCAUUUGAUCUGGAGUUCAUUAUUGAACGUUACAGACCUCUCCAAGGGAGUCCUCUCCAAGGUCGCACAUUUUGACGCCAAGGCCGACAUCGAGGAGUAUAUUAGAAAAAUUGGAGUCCCUGCAACUUUCUUUUUGCCUGGAUUUUAUAUGUCCAACCUUCCUGGUCAAUCGUUACUACAGAUGCCAGGUGAGACCAAGUGGAAGCUUGCUAUGCCAGUUCCAGCUUCAUCCCCAGCUCCUCUUAUUGCUACUGUUGAGGACACUGGCAAAUUUGUCAAAGGCAUUCUCGUCAACAGAGAGAAGGUUCUUGGAAAGCGAAUCUAUGGUGCCACUAACUAUUACACCUUUACCCAAAUUUUGGACGAAUUCAAGGAACAAUUCCCUAUCGCUGGUGAGGGAGCCGAGAAUGUUGAACUUCCUCAUGAGGUCUACAAGGGUAUCCUCGGCAGCACGGGUAUGAAUGCCGACAUUCAAGAAGAGAUACUCCAGAACAUGAGAUUGUUGAAUGAAUUCGGCUAUUACGGAGGUGAUUCUUUGGAUGAAAGUCACUCGAUUUUGGUCGACAAAUUGACUACAUGGAAGGAGUUCAUGGCCAAGAGCCCAGUCUUUGCUGAGUUGAAUAAUGAUGAUAGAAGAGAACCUACUAGGUAUUAUUAUUACAAGAUUGGUAACUAA